UAAAGAAAGCUUAUCAAAAAGCAUUUCAGUUGAGCUCAGGUUGGUUUUUCAUGUCCAGUGUUUCGAAGAGCUGGUCUGAGAGCAGGCAGUACUGCAAGGAUCAAGGUGCCGAUCUGGUCACAAUCAAGACUGAAGUGAAACAGCAUUUCAUAACGUCAGUUCUCAAUGCUAAUGGUGAGAGGGUGUGGAUUGGUUUGACUGAUAUAAACCAAGAAGGCACAAUGCAAUGGGUGGAUAAUUCAUCACUGACACAAGGGUUUUGGAGAAAAGAUCAACCAGAUGACUACAAAGGAAAUGAGGACUGUGUUGAACUGGUGUCUUCAGUUGCUGCUCUGAUCAACUGGAAUGAUAUUCCAUGCUCGGACACCUGAAAAGCGCUUUGUGAGAAAUAGGGUUCACCACAUCUUUUCAUAUUUUUUCUCCUAUUAUUUUAUGAAAUCAUGUUGUUAACACAUUUUAGAUUUCUGCAUUUCAAAAUAAUGCGAUACUUUCAUUUUAUACAAAUGACUAAAUAUCAGUUUUGUUUCAUAAAUGUAUGUAAAUGCAGAAAAUUUAAGAGUGAAUAUUCAGAUGAAAGGAAAUGUAAAAUUGUGAUUAUUUUCUCAUUGCUUUAAAAAUAUCACAACAUCCAGUUUCUCACAGUGUGAAUUAGGGUAAUGCUUGACACUAAACUUCUUAUGUGUUCAUGUCUUGCUCAAUCACAAGUAGCUCUAUGUUAAUAACUAUGUUAAGCUUAUUCUAGCUGUUAUCAUGCAUCUCAAGUGUUGAGAUGAAACUGCAGAAGUCUAAAGUGUCCCAGAAUACCCCAGAUCAUCUGAUCUAAUUUUGAGUGUCUGUGAAACUGCUUUUGAAUUUAAUUGCUUUCUCUUUGGCAUAAAAUGGUCAAUUACUUUUAUUAAUAGUAAUAUACUCAUAGAAUUUUCUUUUUAUUUGAUAUUUCAUUCACAUGUGUCUGCUUUGUUGCACUUGAUGUAUGACUAUGAAAAGCUAACAGGGAACAUUCUCGUUUUUAUGAGAAAAAAAGGGGUGGGAAAGUCUAAAUUUUGCGACAAAAUUUUUAAUUUGGCAACGCUGUCACUAUUGAAAUUUGUAACUUUUAAUGCCAUUGUAACUUUUUAAUUCUCUGAUCUCAUUCAAAAUCUAAG